AUGCCCGCGGCCGGGACUUCGUCGAGUGGCAGCGGAGGACAUGCGUCGGUAUUUGCGAGGUUCAAGAGACAUGGCAGCAGCAGUGCAUUCGCGCAUGCCGACGCAACCACCGCCGCCCUGACCCUCGACACCACCCCCACCGCCACCCCCAUCCCCACCCCCAGCGACCCCAGCCCCGUGCACAUCGACGAGCGAGGUGCAGUCACGGGCGGCAAAGCGGUCACCCACCGCCGCGAGAGCAGCCUGUUCAGCCUGACGACGACGGUGACCGGCAGCGCCAAGGAUUUGAAGAGGAGUCUGAGCGUGCGAAGCCACAGGACGACGCUGAGCAGCGGAGCUUCCUCUCUCGGCAACAAGAGCAAGACAGGCAGCGCUGCCAACGACUUCACCCCGCUGAGCUCCGCCAGUCCGGUCGGCGACGACGAAGGGCGAGUCGUCGACGUCCUCAAGUCGCCGCUGCCUCCACCGUCUGCGCCUGCCGCUGCACAGCAGCCGCGUUUGAGGAGGAAGCUGUCGUUGAGUGCCAAAGGCCUUUCACGCAGCUUCAAGUCUACCGAGGCGCUUCCGGAGCUCACCGCACCAACAUAUCUGAAGAACCUUGCUGCCUCUUCGCCGCCAAUCCAUCGUACCAACACUCUGCCUGCCAUGUUGGCCGCACCACCGCCGGCUCCUGUCCAGGGAGGCAGGAAGCCAUCUGCCGACCAUCGACCCGGCCUCCAUCCUCAAACCAGCUUCAACAGUGUCGUGAGAGACAUCUCUACAUCGCACAGCAAUGGAGCACCCCUCCAGCCAACGCCGUCGCUGCCAACGAGCAUGCCUGGGGGACCUCUCAAUCCAAAUACAAUAUACACACAAAUGCAGGAAACCGCGACGAAGCGCAUGGCAACCAUCGAGUAUCUGCGCAAAUUACACGAGGGUGACAUGUUCCACUUCAAUAUGUACCACUAUUCGCAAGCAUCGUUGGCCACUAUUCCGUCGAUGGCGCACCACAAGCUCGGCAGGAGGGCCACGAAUUAUUUUUUGCUCGGAUACAGUCUCCCAGCGGUCUUGGACAUGAACUCAGGAACGCCGCUGGAGUAUCUCAAAGCCCUGUCGGCCUUGCUCACAGAAUUUGAGGAGUAUCGAAAUCUCAGCGGAUUUGAUGCAAGCGGGAAUGCUGUAAGCAAAGGCAGGAUGGGCUCAAUGUUCAAGUCUGGGAUGGGCUUUGGUGGUCGUGGCACCAAGGGUCGGAGAUCGAGCACUGCAAUCGCCCCGGACAAUCUCUCCAUCGACACGAGGCAGGCAGAGCUUCUAGGCGUCUCGAACUCCGGUCGAGGGUCUGAUGUCGGCUCACCACAGGACAUGAGCGUGCCCAUCAACCCCAGCGGACACGAAUUUGCAUACCUGCUGACGCCACACAUUCCUUUCGAACCAGAUUUCAUCACAACACUAGGCACACUCUGUGAUACACUGGUUGAUGUGUACGCCAAGCUCAUGGAGAUCAUUGGUGGCCCAGACAGCUGCACUGCAGCAGUCGGCGAUGCCUUUGCGAAGGCGGACAAAGCCAUUCGAAAGAUCCUGAUAUCAAACCUCGUCCGCGAGUUCGAAGACAACACUCGCGCAGGUAUGAAGGGCGAGAUCGCAGGCUUGGGCAAACUGACGCUCGGAGGUCUCAUGUAG